AUGUCAACAAACGUGCCGUCCGACGGUUUGGUGACAAUGGAUGUGGUGUUGAGACGAAGACGUUUGUUGACUGAAUCGCGACAUUCGCUCAUUUGGUCCGCUGUUAACGUGUUCUUCGCCUCAAUAGUGGCCAUCGAUUUAAACUAUUUUAUGGCAGAAAUUGAGUUAAACUCACAGCAAAUGAAAGCGUUUGGCGUCAAAGACAAUGAGUUUGGUUUCAAACAAUGCAAACCAACGGUUGAACCGCCGGUCGAUCCCAUCGUCCGCUCGCCGAACCCUAUCUUUGAGAUGAGCGCCGCAUCCGAUUUGGACAAACAUUUGUCACUCAAUUCCACACAAUUAUCCGAAGGUCUGAAUUGGACUCAAUUAGACUCAUCGUUGGACACGACGUCUCACUCGUGGCAGUUUCACGCCGGUCAGUCUCCGGACAAAAGUCUUAACGCUAGCAACGGUUCCAGCGGUGGCUUUGUUCGGCUGCGGCGGUCCACUAAUAAGGCCAAUACUAACGAAUCGUUUGUGACAAAUGAACGCGAAUUGGGUCUCUAUCUGAAAGACUUUGAACAGCGAGAACUAAGACUCGAAGAGUUAACAGGGCGCCCGAGAACGAGCAUAAUUUGCAUGGUCGCUGCCAUUCUCGGUGCCGUCAUAUUCGGUAUGAUCGCCGACCGGUGCGGUCGACGCAACACUUUGUUGGUAUCGUUAUAUCUCUUCGUUUCGGCCGCCGUUUCCCUCCAUUUCGUCACUGAUUUUCUUCAAUUCUCGAUAUUAUAUUCAUUGCAAGCAUUCUUUGCGGCGGGUAUGCAAAUAACGGCAUUUGUACUGUUGUUGGAGUUAUUCGCCACUCCCUAUCAGUUAAGGGCAUCUUUGUAUUGGACCUGUUUCUCGAUGACAGCCGUACUAUUGGUGCCGCUAUUGAUGUGGUCAAUACGGAACUGGCGAUACGUGCAGUUAGCCAUCUCUGUGCCGUGCAUAGCCUUCUUCACCUACAUCUGGCUUUUGCCGCAAUCGCCGCUAUGGCUAGUAGUCGAGGGCCGGCUCCACACCGCCGAGAAUCUCAUCGAAAGGCUGGCCCAACACAACGGCAAACACGUGUCGCCCAGUUUUCGGCUCCAUUUGCAGAAUCUAUUGAGUUGUGUGAAGAGUUCAUCGGUGUGUCAAUCGCUUCGGCACCGGAUUCUGCCAAAGUUCUCGUCGCCCGGCCUUCGGUGGCAUAUGUUUGUCCACUUCUACCUGUUUUUUGUGGUCGCACUGACCGCUCAGGUGACCGAACCGCAGACCAUACGACUCAAUGAGAACCGUUACGCCCAUCACUUUUACCACGCGCUCAUGGAUUUGGGGGCCGUUAUGUUGCUCUACCACUUCGCUGUGCGAAUAGGGCCCCGUUUUAUACAGGCGUUUGUGUUCAUAAUAUCGGGACUAAUGUUAAUGACAUCGAUUACACUCCAAGAGAUACUUCCCAAGACUUACGACACAAACGGUGAGACAAAUCAUUUUCCGCAAGACUUUGACUUUCGUCUCUUAUUAUUGCCAUCGAGUUUAAUAUUAAUGGCCAGAACUUUGGCCAUCUGUCUGCCGGCCCUCACGUGGUUUCACGCGGCGAAGACAAUGCCCACAGGAAUCAGAUGUGUAGGUCUGGCGGCGUGUUUUAGCUGGAGCAAAAUUGGACAAAUGGCUGCACCUCACCUACUGGUUCUGGCACAACUUAUCGCACCAUUUAUUCCCAUUGGUUUAUGCGGUUCUCUAUCAGUAGUGGCCGGCGGUCUAUCACUACUGUUGCCGACCUGUUAUCGUAAGCCAUUGCCUAACACUAUAGAGGAGGCCGAGAAUAAGAGGCUACCGGUGCAGCUCAAGCAUAGAUAUCCCAGUUAUCGGGACUUGAAAGACGGCAAAAUCAGUUCAAUACCCAUCUCUGGCACCAAUACUUUAAAUGGAAAUGUAUAUACAAUAGGACCCAAUGGGUUGGACAAGACUAAUGUCAAACACCAUACGGAUGGCCAGCACAUGAUUGACGGCAUUCCUGGUAGCGGUGGUCUCACUGUAUUGCCGGCACCGCAUCGGCCAAACACCGUAUACAACGACGACACCGACUCUAGGCUUUCCGAUCUCGAAGAGGAUAUUAAUGAAAGCAAUAAUUGGAGAUUAUUUGCCAAUGAGUUGAGCCGUCAGUCAAACGCCAAAAUGCUUAUCAAUCGCUUGGAUUCAUACGACGGAAGAGAAGUGGAUCUAUUGGGCCGAUCGUCGGCAAUGGGCGCUACCGUCAACGGAUACCCCAAUGGAUUGACACACAAUAUGGGUCGUAUCGGCAGAGGAGUAGAUCCAGUGGCGGAAACUAAUCUAUAA